AUGGCUUCAGGGAUGGAAGAAAAGACUGUCGGCCUCAGCCGUGCCGACAGCACCAACAGCAACAAGCUCGGGACUGUCAUGUCUGGCACCAAUGCUGCUGUUGCUCAACAGUAUGGCGAGACCCAGCGUGGUCUCAGCCCUCGCCAUGUCCAGCUGAUGGCUAUCGGAGGUUCUAUUGGUACCGGUCUUUGGGUCGGUAUUGGCGGUGUCUUGUCCAAGGCCGGCCCUCUCAGUCUCGUUCUCGGUUACACUUUCUGGGGUCUCCUCUUCAUCUGGCCGCUCAACUUGUCUGUCGCCGAAAUGUGCGCCUACCUGCCCAUUCGCGGUACCAUCUUCGAACUCGCCUCUCGCUUUGUUGACCCUGCUCUCGGUUUCGCCAUGGGAUGGACUUACUUCUUCGCCGGUCUCAUGUUGGUUUGUACGGAAUACAGCGCUGUCGCAACGGUCAUUCAAUACUGGAACGCGGAUAUCAACCCGGCUGCCUGGAUUGCCGUGGCCAUGGUCUCCUGUGUGGCGGUCAACUUGGUUGCAGUCAAGUACUACGGAGAAUCCGAGUUCAUCAUGGCUUCGACAAAGGUCAUACUGCUGAUCGGCCUGUGCCUUAUCACCCUCAUCACCAUGUCCGGCGGCAACCCUAUGAACGACGCCUAUGGAUUCCGUAACUGGGGCGACGGCAACUACAUCCACGCCUACUUCACCGACGGGUCGACAGGGAGGUUCUUGGGAUUCUGGAAGGUUGUCAUCUACGCUGCCUUCACCAUUGCCGGUCCCGACAUGAUCGCCCUCGCCGCUGGUGAGAUCCAAAACCCCCGCCGCACCAUCCCCCGCGUCGCCAAGCUCAUCUUCUACCGCCUUGUCGGUUUCUACGUUGUCGGUGUUCUGUGCGUCGGCAUCAUCUGCAGCUCCCGCGACCCUGGCUUGCUCGGCGCCAUUGAGAGCGGCGAGCCCGGUGCUGGUGCUUCCCCUUGGGUCGUUGGUAUCAAGAACCUCCACAUCAAGGCUCUUCCCGAUAUCAUCAAUGCCUUCAUUCUCCUCUCUGGAUGGUCCUGCGGUAACGCUUACCUCUACUCGACUUCCCGCACUCUCUAUGGUCUCGCUCGCGACGGACAGGCCCCCAAGUUCCUCCUCAAGUGCACCAAGGCCGGUGUUCCUAUCUACUCCGUCCUUGUCGUCACUGUCAUCUCCUGCAUCACCUUCCUUGUCUCGUCAAACAGCGCCGUCGAUGUCUUCUUCUGGUUCGUCGACUUGACCACCACCGCCCUGAUCAUGACCUACACCUUCAUGCUGAUCACCUACAUGGGCUUCUACCGCGCCCGCAUGGCCCAGAACUUCCCUCCCGAGACGCUCCCCUACCUGUCUCCCUGGACCCCGUACUUCCCCGGUCUGGCUCUGCUUUUGGGCAUCCUGGCUCUCAUCUUUGUCGGUUUUGACAACUUCUAUCCCUUCAGCGUGAGAGGCUUCAUCACCUCCUACUUUGGCCUCAUCUUUGGUGUCGUCACCUUUCUCAUCUGGAAGGUUCUGAAGAGGACCCGCUUCGUCCACCCCAAGGAGGCAGAUCUCAUCAGCGGAAAGGCAGAGGUUGAUGCCGAGUGCCGUCAUUGGGAGGAGGGUGGCAUCGAGGAGACUCGGACGAUCCCUUCAUCCGCGCCGGGUGCUGCCGGUCUGCAUUCAGAGGCUGAAGCCGAGGUCGAUACGGACCGCGUAGCAACCACGAUAUCCGCGACUGUGGAAGCGAACGCGGGGUUCUCGCCGUUUCGAAUCAUUCCGUCAAACGAGACGAGCGCUUCCUUUCGGGCGGGCGAACUGCUGGCCACAGACACUGAUCGAUCAGACGUCCUCAAGCCUGAGGUGUUCGACUUCUCGGACAUGGGCCUUGUCUGCACCAUCAACGCUGAUGACAUUGCCAAUCGAUGGCUGAAUAACUUCGUCCCAAUACCGGGACAAUUGGCAAAGAACUACUCGCCGAGUAUAUCGGCUUUCAUCCAGAGGAUUCUGGAAUCCUACGUAGAUUGUUCCAUCCGCGGGCGCAAGGUUCCUCCUUUUGUACAUUGGUCCCAGAUAACUCUGCCAUCCAGCCAACCCUUGUCAAAUUGUCUUAGGGCCAUUCGAAGCUUUGGUGGGCCCGAUGUGGCAGGCGCCGAGGCCGUAGCCAACGAACUCAAGGUAGAGAUGGCGAGGCUUUACAGCCAACACGCCUCCUACGAUGAUAUGGCACUUCUCGCAGCAUUUCAAACGCAUCUUAUUUACGCCAUGGUCAUCUUUUUCAAAUUCGGGAAAGCUUAUCACCCAUUUCUACGGGAGGCCAUGAUGAGUACCCAAGACCUCGCAUGUGCGGUGGCGAAGAAAGGACUCACGUGCGUUUCCGGAGAUGAGCCCCGUCCCAGGUGGGAGUGCUGGAUUGCCGCCGAGGCUAAACGAAGAACUCUGUUCACGAUGUGCCUCUUCGAUAGCGCCCUGCUGACACAUGACGGCCUCUCAACUCAUCUUGCCACCGAGUUACGCGGGUUAUCAGCGCCGGCGUCCAAGGCGUUGUGGGAGACUCGAACGAGGCGCGACUGGAGAGGUGUAUAUGACCUUCAGCAAGCAGAAUGGCCAGAUAGUUGGCUGGCUAUCGACGAAUUAUGGCCUGUGCCUGGAAAUUUCAGCGAGACUGAAGUUAUCCACAGGCGUUCAAGAGUAAAAGCAUGGCUGGAGGACCUAGACGAAUUCGGCACAAUGAUAUAUGCUGUGACCAGCGGUACCCACGGUACCUGA